UUCUUUUAUUGUAUUUUCUUUUUCCUCUGAUGUUUCAUACUCUGAUUGCUCAUUUAGGAAUAGGGUAUUAUUGCAGUUUCAACCAAUACACAGUAAGUAACUAUAACCUUUCGCAGCAUCUACAACUCAUUGUUUGGUCCAUUUUUAUUCCCAUUUUAUCCUGUCAGAAAUUAAUGAUAACUCAAGAUGAGAAAUUCGAAGGUUUGAGUCAAUUCUAGCUUAGAUCCACCAUUCGUCGCUCGCAGGAUAGUGUGUUCAUAUUUGUUACCAAUGGUGUGCAUGCCCAAUGGCAACGUGACUGAUGAAGUGGGGUUACUUGCUACGAAUCAGGUCACACGGAAAUCUGUCGGGCAAUCACAUACAGGCACGUGUGUUUAGAGGAGGAAGGAGCACCUGGGACUGUGCUGCGUCAGUUAAACUAUGGCUACGUGGAAGAGACGUGUGCUGGCAGUUUACCGCCAGUUCUUUCAACUUCUUAAGAAAGCCUGGGUAGUCAGCCUGCUGGCUUGUUCUUGCAGGCUUGGAUGAAUGACCCCUGCAUGUGGUGGUGCCAGCAAGGUUUUUGAAGGACAAGGGUGAGACGGAGCCAUGUUUGCUGCAAUCAAGGAGGUCCUGGGCACCUCUGUCUUGGAGGGCACAGGGAGGAGUGGCGGUGGCUGCAUCAAUGAGGGGGAGGUGUACCGCACUGACACUGGGAAGGUGUUUCUGAAAAAGAAUUCAAAAGAAAAGGCACUGGAGAUGUUUGAUGGAGAGUAUGAAGGCCUGAAGGCAAUUCAGGCCACUGGCACAGUGCGUGUUCCUAUGCCUCACCUGGCCUUGGACAACCCCGCAGGUGGAGCAGUGCUGGUAAUGGAGUACCUCAACAUGCAGGGACUUAAGCGGAAGUCAGGCCAGCUUGGGACUCAGUUAGCCAGGCUACACCUCCACAAUCUCGCAGCAAGAGACGCAAAAGUGGGAGGCACUGUGGGCAGAGGCUCUUCUAACUAUGUGGAACAGUUUGGAUUUUCUAUCAACACUUGCUGUGGUUACAUUACCCAGGACAAUAUCUGGACUGAUGACUGGCUGGUGAGAUUCCAGUGUGGCAAGGCUGCACUGAAACUUUUUCUUUUUUUUAUCAUAUCAGAAAUAUUGUUGUUACCAUAACAUAACAGAAUCUUUUUAACUCUCCCUUUGCCAAUAGCCUGAAUCCCUGUACAGUACACCAAUACUGACUAUUUUUCAAGUUUCUAUAAAUAAUCUAGAUGUGUUCUAGUAGAUAGGUUCAGGGAUGUAAAACUAUGGAAAAGUUUAUUUUCCCAUAGCCAGAAGAGUAGAAAAUUUUUCCACCUCUAGUCCAGUGUAGGAUGUGAUCAAAUCCAAAAAUAAACUUGACUUUGCAACUUCUCAUUAUCGUCUUUUACAAAGGCAAUGGAUCUGAGAUACACCAUAAUUGCACAAUGUGUCAGUAUUAUUCAUAGGUACACAAAUUUGGAAAAAGCCUGGGUUUAAAAAAAAAACAAUCCACUGUGUU